AGAUAUAAAAACUGGAAGACUGUAACAUGAGUCCGUGAUACAUUUUUCAAGGUAUUUUAAAUAAUAAAAUAUCUUGGCUCGUCGUAUAAUAUAAACGUUAUACGAAGAUACAGUAUAUCACACGCGAUGUAUUAUCUUUAGACCUAGCCGACGCAUAUUAUGACACGUAUACGAUAUGUUGUCGCAUUUCUGUCACUCUGAGACAAGACGUUAGGUUGUAAUUAGUAUAUCGCGAAUUCAAAGGGUUGAAUUUACCAUAAAUUAUACACAGACAGAAUCGCAGUAAGAUGAUGUAAAUUGGACAGUAAGCGACACCCUUCUGUCUACAAUUGUUAAUAAAUCACCCAGAUACUUUUCCAUAAGAUACGAUUUAAUUUGUAUAUAAAUCAAAUUUUUCUUAUAUCUCUCCAACUUGAGAAAAAUCUCAAGUUAUUUCUAUUUUUAAAGCUACAAUUUUUCAUCAAAUUUGUUUGAUUCUCUUCUUUUAAAUUAUAUAAUUCUUCGUUAAAUCUUAUCGCGAUUCUGUGUAUGUCUACUGUAAAUGGUAUUUACAUAAGCAGCCUAACAAUCUCCAUGUCUAUUAACUACUUUGAUCCGAAACAUGAAAAGAUACAGAUAUGCUUCUUUAAAAGCUUUGAUAGUACAAUUAUUUAUACGACUAUUUGUACCGCUUUUUAAACGCUAUAUCAACGAAAACAAACGUUCCAAUUUUUCCAUAUUUCUACAAACUCGUCGAAUUCCUCUCGAAGUAACGUUACAUUCGCAUCCUUCGAUUAUCGUCGUUAAAAGUACUUUCUUCGUCGUCGUUUCAUCGAACUGUAUUCUGAUUCACGAACGUAGCAUGUUUCUCACGAUAAUUCAUAUUGAUUUAGCUGUGAAUGUUGAAACGUGUUUGCGUCGACUUUAUUACAGUGCCAUGUAAUUGAAAAUGUAAAGACGCUUAUGAUUUUGUUUCGUUUCGUUUCGCAAUUACUAUCGCGUGAUCAGGCAAUAUAUUUGGCGUUUGCGGAAAAUACGUUGACUCAAAUUUGAUUAGCUUUUUACUCAAUUCUUAUACCUUUUCUUCAUUUUGAAUUCUUAUCCUUGAUUUUUCUUCUCAACGAGUGUACUUAAAAGUUAAUUCUCGUUUGAAACGUAAUGUAAUGUACGAAACAAAUUUAACAAAGACUGAACUUAUUCUAUACGCUGUUUUAAACGAAUUUUUAAUUUAUUCUUCGAUUUAGAAAAAAGGACUGAGUAUCAUUGUUUGCAUCUAAUGGAGAACGGGACAAUUUAACGUUAAUGCGGACAAAAACGAUAGGAAUCGUUGUAAAAGGAAGUUGAGAAAGCGUUUGUUAACACUUGAUCUAUACUAUGCUUCCAGAGAUUGUUAAUCAGCGUUACAUUUUCCAAUCGAUUGUGUUUCAAAUUAAAUGCACAUAUCAUUCCUCAUAUUUUAUAUGGAUGCACAUAUUUGUAUGUAAUGUACCUUGUGAGUGAUGAACGAUCCAAGUCAUUGUAGUUGUCUCUUGAAACCUCACACGUGGUUGAAUAAAACAUGUAAAAAAAGAAUCAUCUAACUUGUAGCUUCCCUAUGUUCUUACACUUAUUCUCCCAAGUACUAGAAACUGUUAUAUUUUAACGAAUCGAUGCUUUUAUUUAAAAGAAAAUUUCACACUUAUACGCGUUAUAUACAUUUAAGGCGAUUAAAAUAUUUUUAAGAAAAAUUAUAAGUUUGUCGUACAACCACUAUUUCGAUUUCACGAACGAGAUAUAUUUACACAUUAUUGAAUUCACGAGCAAAUUUGCGUACGUGUCUCUGCAUACACUGGUUUUGCUUCACAAGCUUCUCCUAAGCAUUUUUAUGGUUGUCCUCGUUUGCUCUUCUCUCCAGAAGAAAGCAGUCUCUCCGUCCAUUUACUUUCCACAUGGUCUUAAAGCUGUUCCGUACCUUUAGCGCAACGUUCAAAUUAGGACCUUUACGAUAAACUGUCCCAUUUUUCCUUUGGUACAACACAGUUUUGAACGAUAUGACGGUAAUGUAGCGUUCACGAAAGGUGUCGUCACUAGCCGACAAUUUCCCUUUCCGCUCUGAUCGCUUCUUUUCUUCCUUUCGUCCGCCUUGCCUUUGAGUUUCUUCAUAUCUCUCCCCGUUUCUCGUUUCUUUCGUCGUAAUUCAUCUUACAAUGAAUAUAUCGUUUCUUGUUUUCCUUGUCCUUUCAAUCUAAAACGCGAUGGCGAUUUAAUCCGUUGACCGGAUCGCUUUUUAUCUAGAAAUUUCUGUAUAAUUACGCAAUUAGAUAUUAACAAAACUUAAAUUUGUAUUGUUACAGCGAUCGUAAUAGUUUAAUAGCUGGCAAACUUUUGUAAAAAUCGUAAUGAUCUCGCUUAGUUGUUUAUCGAGUAUCAUUUGCAACGAUCAUGACAGUGUAUGUUUCACAAAUAGUUUAGGAAUCGUAAAACUUCGUCGGUCAGGAUUACUACUUCCGUUCGCUCAAUGUUUUUGGAUUUACCGGCAUUGCGAUAUGGUAUCUUCAAUUCUCUCAAACCUAUCAAACUUUUUGGCACUGGCGUCGUCCCAGUUUUCACUGAUCCUUUUAUUAUCCGUGCAGUUCCCCGGUAUUAAAGUCGGUUUUCGUAAAAUAGCGAAGACGAUACCAGACAAGGGAGACGAAGCGUGUGGACGCGCGUAUGUGUGUGCGUGUACACGAGAAUAAGUAACUGUGACGGACAAGUUUGGGUAGACCGACAUCCGGUUUAGGCUUAUCCUGUUCCAAUCUUGUUGUAACAAUGUCUAACAAGAUGUGUUAGUAAUAGUAUUAAGGUAAUACAAUAUACAUUUUAUUAGUAUUAAGAUGAUACCGUUACUAGAAUGUUUAGGAAAAUUUCUAUUUUGACCAACACUACUAAUGAAAUGAAACGCAAACAGUGAUUUGUUUCAUUGCCUAAAUAAUAUAAAAUGAUUUAUUCUAAGUAAUUACUAUUUAUAUUGUCGCGUAUCCCGUGUGUUUUUUUUUUUUGCGUAUUUAAAUAUCCGAUAGAUACGAGAUCGUAUUAAAUACGAGAUAGGAUACGAGCUGUGAAUAUUUAACUUGUUUUAUUUAUAUAUAAAUAUUAUACCAAUUGUGAAACGUAUGCUUGCUCUGACACAACGAAAAUCGUCGUACAAACAGAAAUAUCGAUUCUCUGGAAAAUUAAAUUAACAUCGUGUUAACGUAUUGCGUAAUUAAAUAUUAUCUUGGUAGUUAUAUUUUAUUUAAAACACGCGUUAUAAAAUAUUCGCGCAUCAAAGCGGAGUUAAUGAAAAAUGCAGAGGUAUACUCUUAGCAUGUAAUUUUUUAAUUUAUAUUUCCAACGACGUUUUACGUGAUUUUAAUCUUCUACAUGCAUAUUACAUGUCACAACGAUCGAUACUUUCAAAAGAAACUCAUUAAUUAUUGACUUCUUAAUCGCAUGUUAAUUACAUACAUUGGAGCGAUCUAUUAGUUUAAAGAGAAUUCAUUAUCAAAAUGUACCAAGCACGUUUGCGUUGAAUUUUAAUUAAUAUUAACUAAUUUAAUCGCUAGAUACGUUACGACUAUUCGAUUUGUAUGAUAACAGGUACAUUAGUGAAACGCGUGUCUAGAAAAUCAUCUUGAAAAUGUCUCAACGAUAUGAAUCGUAAUGUUGACCAAUGUCGAUAUUUAAAAAAUGAUAAUAAAUUAACGAAUGCAAGGAAGUUUUUACACCAGGAAAUAUUUAGAAAAGAGUAAGAGCAUCGGGAUAAUAGAGACUUGUUGACAAUAGGGUGCUCGUGACAAUAGACGAUAGAAUAGAAUGGCGAAUAGCGAUUCGUAGCGACGGAAUAGAAUGGACAAUAGGUGCUUGACAAUAGAAGAUUCUACAUGAUGACUCAUACAAACGUAGAGAAAUUAUCUAUAAAUAAUUAUGUAUUUCAUUUUCCAGAAAUCUACAACUUCGUUUAUCUCUAAGCUUUUAUUUCAACCAAUUACGAAAAUACGAUGACUUCUAGCUUUUAUCGUUGAACCGAAUUUAAACAAAAAACCUUGACAAUAGAAAUUCUCAACAAAUCCACGUUCGUUGUUGAUGAACGAUAAUUUACAAAAUAAUUAAAAACAUCUACUGUCUAUUAAUAAAUCAUGCGAGCGUUUGAUUCGUUCGUAAAUAAUAUAGGAAAAAGAGAAGAAGAAGCAGAGAGAAGAAAAACUAGGAAGUAUCGAACAUAGUGUAAAUAACGUAGCAAAAAAACAUAAAAAAAAGGGAAACUAGAAAGUAUUUAACGUACGAUAAAGCAUCUUCUUCUCGUCACUGUUCCACGCGAAUGAAUGAAAUGAAAGCGACAACGCGACCGAUGGAGAAACGUAGCUAACGAGCAUCGCUUCGUUCAACACAGGUUACCGCUUCUGUCCGUGUUGCCUGAGAUUUAGUACAGAUAAAAAAAAAAGGGGUAUCAAGUAAGAAACGAGUGGACCAUCGGAUCAGAAUUUUCUCUCGCGUAGCCGGUAUACGCGUAAUUGCCACAGAGUGGGGAAAAAUAUAAAAGAAAGUUUAGCGGAUGAAAACUUUCGAGUCAUGUGACGACUCACAUGGACGUUGCCUCGUGAACGAAAUCAUCGACGAUUCGUUAUUCCGUGCAGAAAUGCAUGAAACGACGCUUCGUCUCGCGAUUUGUGUCCGUUCUCUUCGAUCACAGUGAACGAUAGAACUCGAAUCGCUCGAAAGUGGCGAAGUGCACCACACGUGUUUGUACGAUCGCCAGAUUCGGCUAUGUUAUUUUAAAUCACGAACUUUAUUCGAAUAAAUAUAACAGUGCAACGGGGUAAUUGUACAAAGUGGAGCUUCUUAAUUUCGAAAAUGAAUAUACUUAUACGGCGCUGUUUUCUAGUUGCACUUUUCGCGUUGCUGUUCGAAAUUAUCGAAAUGGGAGACGGUUACAAACUGAUCAGGCCGUACAAGUACUAUCAACGUAGACCAUGGUGGCGGCCUCGAUCGUACGCGGAUCACAAAUCAUCCAAGUUCUACCAUUCUAAGAGGAUAUCACCGGAAGACCAUUAUUCUCGAAGGCCAAGUUAUAAUAGACGUUUCAGAUAUGGUUCUACGAGAGACGAUUUUGAUGGACGCGCCGAAAAUCAUCAUCCUUACACCAUCGUGAUACAAUUACCUAAAGAAGAAGAUAAAUACGAAGACGAUAAUUAUGAAAAGCGGAAAAGGAAUUACGAAAGAAUUUCUAUACCUGUGUAUACUAUAGAAAAUGAUUAUAUCGAGGAUGAAGAUGACGUUGAAUCGAAAGUGGUGAACGUUAAUAACAAAAAGAUGCAGAUAAAGAUGGUCAAAGGUGAAAAUCCCAAACUGCAUAUCAAAAUAUCAAGAUCGGACAGUGACAAAAAUAUAAAGAUUAUAGAUAAAACGAAUACCACCGAAGUAAAUUUACCAUCAUUAUCAAGAACGUAUGCAAAUUUAACAACACCCGUGCCACAAUCAACGGAAUAUUGGGCUCCAACACCUCAUUUUGAAAAUAUUCGACAGAAACGAAUUUAGAAAUUCUAAUUUGUAUUUAAAACGGUAUUUCUAUCAAGCUUAAAAUUAAAUUAUCGUUUAAUAAAAAAUUACUACAUCUUUAGCUAUUUAUUAAGUCAGUUAUAUAUAAUAGUGGAAUAUAGUAUUGAAGUCUAAAAUUAAGAAAUAAAUUUAUUUGCUACGUUUACUAUAAUUUCUUUUCGGUCGUUUCCCACGCAAGAACGAGAUUUUUAGCGGAACGCAUAAAUUAAAUACGUGAAUGAAGCCAUACAGCACGAAAAAGCACAGGACAAUACGAUAUUUUUCGAACAGAGGGAAUGAACGAGGAAGUGAAAAGAAAUAUCUGUUCUUUAUAGAGGGGCAGAUAGAAUAAAAACAAAUUAUUGUUAUUUAUGAAGUCUAUUGCUAUCCUACAUAUCACUGUUCCAAUAUUUAUCGAGAUAUUAUUUCAACUAGGAAAAGACACGCGAAAUUUACUUUCAGUCUUUUGU